CUGAGGCUGAGGGUGCGGGGCACCAGCUGCGAGGCCACCUAACUCCACCGGGGCCGCGGGGCGGCGGACGGAUCCUCCCCCAGGGCAAGGGGCGGGCUCCUCCUGGACAAACUCUCGCGAGAAGCCCCAGACCCGCAGAGUCGCAGAGUCGUGGCACCAUGGCACCUGCUGGAGGUCCCCGCGCCAAGAAGGGUAUUUUAGAACGUCUGGAUGCUGGGGAGGUGGUGAUUGGGGAUGGCAGCUUUCUCCUAACUUUGGAGAAGAGAGGCUAUGUGAAGGCUGGGCUCUGGACUCCUGAAGCAGUGAUAGAACAUCCAGAUGCAGUUCGUCAGCUUCACAUGGAAUUCUUGAGAGCAGGCUCAAAUGUCAUGCAGACUUUCACCUUUUCUGCCAGUGAAGAAAAAAUGGAAAGCAAGUGGGAAGCUGUAAAUGCUGCUGCCUGUGACCUCGCCAGGGAAGUGGCUGACAAAGGUGAUGCUCUGGUGGCCGGGGGGAUCAGCCAGACAUCAUUGUAUAAACACCACAAGGAUGAAGCUAGAAUUAAGAAGCUUUUUCGUCUACAACUGGAGGUUUUUGCCAGGAAAAAUGUGGACUUCUUGAUUGCAGAGUAUUUUGAGCAUGUCGAAGAAGCUGUGUGGGCUGUGGAAGUCUUAAAAGAAUAUGGGAAACCUGUGGCAGUUUCCAUGUGCAUAAACCCAGAAGGAGACAAGGAUAAUGUGACACCUGGAGAAUGUGCUGUGAAGCUGGGGAAGGCAGGGGCUAACAUCAUUGGUGUGAACUGCCGAUUUGGGCCCCAGACCAGCAUACAGACGAUGAAGCUCAUGAAGGAGGGCCUGGGGGCUGCAGGGCUGAAAGCCCACCUGAUGGUACAGUCCCUGGGGUUUCACACACCUGACUGUGGCAAAGGAGGGUAUUUGGAUCUCCCAGAAUACCCUUUUGCACUGGAGCCCAGACUUGUAACCAGAUGGGAUAUUCAAAAAUAUGCCAGAGAGGCCUACGACCUGGGGGUCAGGUACAUAGGUGGGUGCUGUGGAUUUGAGCCCUACCACAUCAGGGCGAUUGCAGAGGAGCUGGCCCCAGAAAGGGGAUUUUUGCCACCAGCUUCAGAAAAACAUGACAGCUGGGGAAGUGGUCUCAGUACGCACACAAAACCCUGGAUUAGAGCAAGGGCUAAGAGGGAAUAUUGGGAGAAUCUGCUGCCAGCUUCAGGCCGACCUUUCUGUCCUUCACUAUCAAAGCCAGACAAUUAGAGUCGUGAAAGAAAACACUGAAACAGCAGAACAGGUGGAAAUGGCCUCAAGUCCCCCUUGCACCUCAGUCUCCCAGACACCUCAGCCUGCCCUGCUAUUUCAGCUGCCGAUCAGCCACAGCACUGCAAUCCCUUCAGUUCAAGUUGACGUUGACAAUGGAGCUUCUACUCAAUGAAUGUCUUGAGCAGAGUGCUGCAGGGAAUGCAGAGAAGUAAAGGACCCUUGUCCCCAAGUACCUGCUGUCCAGUAAUGCUGUGAUGCUUUCUUUUGAAGAUCAUCAAGAACAGACAAAAUUUCUUUGAGGGUGAAUUUGAUUUUUAGAAUAACCAGAAGUCACUGAGAAUCAAACCUAGUGAAUAAUUCACGUGCCUGAGCCAGGGGCUUGAGGAAGGCAUAGCAACACUCCAAAGCAAGAGUCUGCUUUUCUUUAUUGAUUUGUAUGAUGGUUUCAAAGGCAAUCACAGAAUAAAAGAUGAAAAAAAUGUUUCACACAAUGACAGGAUUACUAAAAUAAGUGUAUAACCUUUCAAAGUGAUUACUUUCAAAGAUAAAAUUUACAGAAAGCUAUUAGGUUCAAGAAUUUUUUAAAUGUGUCUUUAUAAUCACAAAUGGCUAGAUUAUAAACUAAGGACAAGGAUCAUCAAAUAUGUGUCCUUAUUUAACAUUGUGUUAGGCAUAAUCAUAGAUACUCAAUGAAGUACUUAUUGUUGAUUUUCUUAAAAAGUAAAGAUAGUUUUAGAAGAUUUUUUAAAAACUCAAGGUUCAAAUUCAUCUUGUUCUAAUCUUUUCUUGACUUAUGUUUACAUUAUUUACUGUGUAUUGAUUUUUCUUUCUUCACAAUUCUGUAUCAAUUUGUGACAAUGAAUAAACCUUUAAAUGAUUUACCUUU